AUGAGGCAGAAGCUUCUCUCGAUCAAGAUCGGCGACUGGAUCGUGUACUUCCGUCGCGGCAAGAAUACCGGAUCCCGAGGUUCGUGGUUUGGACUUGCGAGAGUUUUGGCCAUCGAACCGAAGGUCAACUUCAAGUUUGAACGUGCGGGCGAAUCCGCUUCGAUCGAGGACGAGAUUUCGGUGGCGACCUGCCCUCGGAGCGCGAGAUUGCGGAGAGCCUUGCAGAUUUACCAGAGCAACCAGGACCAGGUGAAGAUUUUCGCCAAGGAGAUCGUCACGAAUUUCAUGAUAGUGCUCCGGCUGGAGACGACGGUGCAAACCUACAUCCAGUCCCUCGAGAGGAUCCUUCAGAUUUGUCCCGAGUGCCCGUGCCAGAAGAUGAGGAUGGAACAGGGUAGCCCGGCAGAGCCAUUUGGGGUGGGACCCGACUCUGCGGACGGGCCGGUCGCAGAGGGUUUCGCGGGAAGCCAGGAUCCUGCAGGGGAGGCCCCCACUAGUGAAGCAGAUAAACGUGACUUAACGGAGCCAGAGGCCAAGCGCAUCAAGCUCGGCGAGAUGGAUUUCAUGACGUGCGACGUCGUGGGCGAGGUCAGGUACCUGGAGGCAUGGGACAACCUACACCAUCAGUCCGUGGUCUACCUGAAGGACACGACCAUUGAGCGUGAAGUUAUCGAGGUCGCGACCGAUUUCGCUCACAUUGGAGUUUUCCUUCAAGACUCUACGGUCUGGCUUUCCAAGAGGCUAGGCGGCGGCAGAGCGACAGAAGUCACCUAUUCCAAGUUGGCGCCUGGGCAGCAGCUUGAACUUGACGAGGCUAUGUGCAAGGAGAUCAGCCAAGUUAUUGCGACCAAGGUCCUGAAGCGGAUCGCCCAGGAGGAGCUCACUGAGAUCGACGAGUCGCGACUGCUCAAGAUGCGCUGGGCUCUCACUUACAAGUACCAGGAGGGUGGCGCACGCAAGCCGAAGGCUCGCUUCGUCAUUUUGGGCUACCAGCACCCGAGCCUGACGGAUCUCGCUACGGUGGCGCCUACGCUGGGGAAGCUGGCUCGCAAUCUGCUGUUCCAGAUGUGCGCGCAGCACAAGUUCAAGCUUAAGUUCGGCGAUGUCAGUUCAGCCUUCCUCCAGACCGAUGCGAGCGAGGAGUUCGAGAGUCUCAAUGUGAAGGUUCCUACGGAAGUGGCUCAUGCCUUUCCGCAUGAGCUUGGGCGCCCCUCGCAGAUUUUGAAGAUGGUCAAGUCUUUCUAUGGCUUGACAACGGCUCCGAGAGCAUGGUGGCUUGAUAUCUCACGCAAACUUCGGGGCCGAGGUUGGCGACAACUACGUGCAGAUCAAUGCGUGUGGAUUCUGUUGGACUCCAAUAGCCAGUUGACGGGUAUCAUUGGCGUCCACGUGGAUGACUUCAUCAUUGGUGGCGACGAGACGUCGAAGUUGUACGAGGACGCGGAGAAGGCCAUCAGGCACCUCUACCGAUGGGGAGCAUGGACUUCCGUUCAAGGAUUUUUUUCGAUCACGUUGGACCUCUACGACUACACGAACACAUUCAUCACGGAGGCCGAGAUCGACGCUGAUCGCAAGAAGCAGGCUCAUCUACCACUCGAGCCGAAAGAGAUUUCACUACUUCGUGGAGUACUGGGUACAGCCAGUUGGAGAGCACAACAAGUGUCUCCACAAUAUGCCGUGGAUGUUGGGCUGGCAUUAUCUCACGUCAACAACGCCAAGAUCAGUGACCUGGUGAACGCCAACAAGCUUGUCAAGGAUAUGCGAAAAUCCGCUUCGCAGGUGAUCAAGUUCCACCAGCUCGAGAACUACGACUGGCAUGAGUUAUGGAUGGUGCAGUGGGCCGAUGCUAGUGACAAGCUCAGGCCCGACGGCAGCAAGACUGGCGGGCUGGUGACAGGUCUCUCGACCCCUGACUUUGCGAACGGCAGCAUGGCAAAUGUUUCCAUAUUGGGUUGGGGAUCUUUCAAGCUACCUAGUAAAAUCUCGGGCUCCAACAACAACGAGACGCAGUCGACCGCGUUCUGUGACGAGGUGCUAUGGUUAUCCAGAUUGUUGUCGGCAGAGUUACAUGGAGUUGAGCCGACUCGUUGGAAGUUGGACGACGCAGUCAAGACAGUACCAGGGAUGUUCAUUACAGAUUCACGUGGCAUCUAUGAUGCGAUUUUGAAGUCAGAGUCUCCUCAGCUGGGCAUGCGCCGUUUCAGAUCAGGUGAGGAGGCCAGAGGCAUUAAGGAGCAUAUUUUUGCGCACGGACGUUUCUAUUCGAUGGGUGAAUGGUCUAGCGAUGCUGGCAGACAGUUUGUCGAAGCCGGGAUAUCCGGCUCGACAUGUGAUGGAAAAAUUUUUGACUACACAGCGCUGGAAGUGCACUUUUGA